UGGGGCGGGAUCGGGAGGCGCGGCGGCGGCGGCGGCGGGGGCUGAGGUGCGGCCACCCCGGGGGGCGCUGGUGGCGUGACGGACGAUGACAGUGUUUUCCGCCGAGUCCCUCUCCGGCCCACUGGCCCACGGGCUCCCCUGAACCAUCGCCCGGCGGACCCGCGGUCAGUUUUGCUUAUCACUGCUUGACGGAAAGAUGGCUGAUAUUAACUUCAAAGAAGUGACUUUAAUAGUUGGUGUGGUUGCUGCCUGCUACUGGAACAGUCUGUUCUGUGGGUUUGUUUUCGAUGAUGUUUCAGCAAUUCUAGAUAAUAAAGAUCUGCAUCCAACUACGCCUUUAAAAACCUUAUUUCAGAAUGAUUUCUGGGGAACGCCUAUGUCUGAGGAGAGAAGCCACAAGUCAUACAGGCCCUUAACAGUGUUGACAUUUCGCUUAAAUUAUCUACUUAGUGAACUAAAACCAAUGUCUUACCAUCUCCUAAACACGGUUUUUCAUGCUAUUGUUAGUGUGAUAUUUCUUAAAGUCUGCAAACUUUUUCUGGACAAGAGGAGCAGUGUGAUUGCUGCCCUGCUCUUUGCAGUACACCCAAUCCACACCGAAGCAGUAACAGGUGUUGUAGGAAGAGCUGAGCUUUUGUCAUCUGUUUUUUUUCUAGCUGCAUUUUUGUCAUAUACUAAAUCAAAAGGACCAGAUAAUUCCAUAGUGUGGAGCCCGAUUGCAUUGACAGUGCUUUUAGUGGCUGUUGCAACAUUGUGUAAAGAACAAGGAAUCACAGUUGUUGGAAUUUGUUGUGUAUAUGAAGUAUUUGUUGCCCAAGGGUAUACGUUGCCAUUAUUAUGUACAGCUGCUGGACAGUUUCUCCGUGAAAAGGGUAGUAUUCCCUUUUCUAUGCUGCAGACACUAAUAAAACUCAUUGUCUUGAUGUUCAGUACAUUAUUACUUGUCGUGAUUAGAGUCCAAGUUAUUCAGUCCCAACUUCCAGUGUUUACAAGGUUUGAUAAUCCAGCUGCUGUAAGCCCAACCCCUACACGGCAGCUGACUUUUAACUACCUCCUUCCCGUGAAUGCUUGGCUUCUUUUGAAUCCUUCAGAGCUCUGCUGUGAUUGGACCAUGGGAACAAUACCACUUAUAGAAUCAUUUCUAGAUAUUCGAAAUCUUGCCACUUUUGCUUUCUUUAGCUUUCUGGGGGCUUUGGGAAUAUUCAGUCUCCGAUACCCUGGUGAUUCCUCAAAGACUGUCCUAAUGGCACUUUGUUUAAUGACAUUGCCAUUUAUUCCUGCAUCAAAUCUUUUCUUCCCUGUUGGAUUCGUUGUUGCUGAGCGAGUGCUGUAUGUUCCUAGCAUGGGCUUCUGUAUUUUAGUAGCUCAUGGAUGGCAAAAAAUUUCAAAUAAAAGUGUAUUGAAAAAACUCUCUUGGAUUUGUCUGUCCAUGGUGAUAUUAACCCAUGCCUUGAAAACACUCCAUAGGAAUUGGGACUGGGAGUCUGAGUAUACAUUGUUUAUGUCAGCAUUAAAGGUGAAUAAAAACAAUGCCAAAUUAUGGAAUAAUGUGGGUCAUGCUCUGGAAAAUGAGAAGAACUUUGAGAGAGCUUUGAAAUACUUCUUGCAGGCUACCUAUGUUCAGCCAGAUGAUAUUGGUGCCCACAUGAAUGUAGGAAGAACUUACAAAAAUUUAAACAGAACUAGAGAAGCAGAAGAAUCUUAUAUGUUGGCUAAAUCACUGAUGCCUCAAAUUAUUCCUGGUAAAAAAUAUGCAACCAGAAUUGCCCCUAAUCAUCUAAAUGUCUAUAUCAAUCUUGCCAACCUCAUCCGAGCAAAUGAGUCCCGCUUGGAGGAAGCAGAUCAACUGUACCGACAGGCGAUAAGCAUGAGGCCAGACUUCAAGCAGGCUUACAUUAGCAGGGGAGAGUUGCUUUUAAAAAUGAAUAAACCUCUCAAGGCAAAGGAAGCAUAUCUUAAAGCCCUAGAACUGGACAGAAACAACGCAGACCUGUGGUACAACUUGGCAAUUGUUUAUAUUGAACUUAAAGAACCAAAUGAAGCUCUGAAGAACUUCAAUCGGGCUUUGGAACUAAAUCCCAAACAUAAGCUAGCAUUAUUCAAUUCUGCUAUUUUAAUGCAGGAGUCAGGUGAGGUUAAACUCAGACCUGAAGCUAGAAAACGACUUCUGAGUUACAUAAAUGAAGAGCCACAAGAUGCUAAUGGCUAUUUCAAUUUGGGAAUGCUUGCCAUGGAUGACAAAAAGGAUUCUGAAGCUGAAGCUUGGAUGAAGAAAGCCAUCAAAUUACAAGCUGACUUUAGAAGUGCUUUGUUUAACCUGGCUCUCCUGUAUUCACAGACUGCUAAGGAGUUAAAGGCGUUGCCAAUUUUAGAAGAGCUACUCAGAUACUACCCUGACCAUACCAAGGGUCUCAUUUUAAAAGGAGAUAUUCUGAUGAACCAGAAGAAGGAUAUACCUGGAGCCAAAAAGUGUUUUGAAAAGAUACUGGAAAUGGAUCCAAGCAAUGUGCAAGGAAAGCACAAUCUUUGUGUGGUGUACUUUGAAGAGAGGGACUUACUAAAAGCCGAAAGAUGCCUGGUGGAAACAUUGGCAUUAGCACCUCAUGAGGAAUAUAUUCAACGCCAUUUGAGUAUAGUCAGGGAUAAAAUUUCCUCUUCUGGUAUUGUGGAGCAGCCAGUGUCUCCAGUUGAUAAGACAUCAGGUACAACAGAAGAAAGAGAUGAAAUCCCUUCUGAGGUUGUAAAAGAAAUCAGAAGUGAAUCCAGUCCAACACAAACCAUAAAAGCAAAUGAUCGUAAAAACUCAAAAUCCAGCAAGCAAUCAACAAAAAAUGCAGACGAUGAGGCCCCCCAUAAAACAGCAAAAGACAUCAAGGAAAUUGAGAAGAAAAGAGUUGCUGCUUUGAAAAGACUAGAAGAGAUUGAACGUAUUUUAAAUGGAGAAUAAUACUAUUCUUUAUCAUGUAACAGUAGUAUCAAAGACUUUCAGUCUAUAUCAUGUGUUUGUAUUGGAAACUGAAAAAUAUCAAGAAUAUAUAUAUAUAUAUAUACACUGUUUUUUCAGAAACUGUGUAAGAUCUUCUAUAUAGGGUCAAAACAAGAUUUUCAUUGAAGACCUAUCUGCCCCAGGAUAUAUUGUUUUAUAAGAGAUGGCACAAAUUUGGUGGCUGUAGGCAAAAUCAUAAAUUCCAGGUGACAAAUUUGAAACUUUUACUAUACAAAGAAAGGGUAUGGGAUUUUUUGAGGUGGGGGAAGUGGGGAAAGCUGGCAGGUCCAUCUACUAACCUGAAUUGAAAUACGGGAUGUCAAGGCUGAACCCUUGGAGAUUAAUCCAGUAUGCUCUGGGUUUUGUGAAUUCCCAUUUAGGAACUCCCUUCUCAUUAUUUUCUUAGUUCCAGCAAUGGAUUGGUGUUCAUUGAAGACAUUCUUUUUUCUUCAGUAAUUCUUUUCUUUAACCAUGGGACAUUGUAACUCAAAUGCAUACUGUUUGUGUUCUCUAAUAGAUAUUUAGAAGGAAUAGUGGAUAAAACAUCUUAAAAUACUCAUACAUCACUCCUUAUGACAAAUUAGCUUAGGAAUGCAUUUCCAUAACUUCAUACUUGUCCUUAAGUUCACUCUGAAAUGCAGUCAUUAGGCAGGUAAAGUUUUAUACAUAUUCCUAGUGGUGCUCACUAAUGCUGUAUUUUCUCUUUCACACCGAGUAUUCUACCAUGAGCUACAUAAUCAUCACUACUCAUUGACUUUUGCUCCCUAAAGUGUUCUGCUUCUUGACUUAUUGUCAUACUGAAAAGUUCUAGUCACUCUAACUCUAAGCUUUAGAGUAAUGAUAGCAAUCUCUUUCAUCUUAUUUUCUUUUGGCCUUAAAUCAAUUUUCUGUUUCUCAAGUCACACCUUAAUCACUCUUAGGUAUCUAAGCCACUACAGUCAGCUUGUUUAACUGACAAAACAAUGUGACAUUUAUUUUUAAACACUAAAUUCUUAAUUAUGUUGUGGUAUAUAUUUUAUUAAGUAUUUAUUUUAACUACUGAUCUUUCAUAAAAAUUUUAAGCUUUUAGGUUAAGUUGUUAGUUCCCUUGAGUUAACUAAUCUCUAAUUAUAGAUGACUUAGAAACCAUGCUUCUGUGAUGUUUUCUAAGAAAUCUUUUAUAAAUAGGUCACAAGAAACAUAUUCUGCAUUAAAGACCCAUCCCUUUUAGUUUCCCAGAGGAUCUGACAUAGAUUUUUUUUUUAAGAUAAUUUAAUGCCAGCACUGAUGCCAGUGGGUGUUAAUUCUUGACCCAGGAGAUUUUGUUAAACAUCAAAGCAAUAUCUCAUUUCAGUUCUUAGAGUAUAGCUUUGUGACUUCAGAUAUGAAGUGGAGAAUACCUCAUAUGUUAUGACUUGAAAAUGAAGUUGUUAUGCUCUCUAUAUCUCUAGAAAAAAAGGUUUUGCUUAUAAUCACUACAGUAAAAAUCCCAAGUGGACAAUUGAGUAAGUAAAUUCAAAGGAAACCUUUAUGACAGCAAGCAUAAUAGAAAUUUAAGGACUAUUUUAGUAAAUUUAUAUAGAUAGUUGAGUGAUGAGGAUAAAUAUUAAUAUUAUCCAAUAAUUUUUAUGGGAAAAUCCUUUUAUUAGCACUCAUAAUAAUGUCUGUCACAAAAAAGUACUCUUACUUGAAUUUUAAUUUAUUUAAAUCAAAUCUAUCUUGAGUAGCAAUUAUUAAUUAAUUAUUACCAAUCAGUGAUGCUCAACUCCAUUUAAUAGUAGAACCAUAUGGGAACUUUCCCACCCAUCCAUAACAAUUAAAUAUAACUUCCAACUUCAGUUUCCUCAAUUUCUUCAGGUGAUUCUGAUUUGUACUUAGAGUUAAGGGCUACUGGUCUAAAUUAGGUCAGGAAAGUUUAAAUUUGCAAUGUAGUCCAAUUAAGUUUUAAUGACUUAAAUCCCAGUAAAGAAUAUGUUCUAAGUAGUAUUUAUUCCAUGAAACUUUAAAUAGUAAAUUUUAUCAAGUUUGUUUAUGGUUAAAUUAAUAUUUCUCAUGCAUGAAAUUUUAUUUAAGCUAUUCAAAUGAGAAAAGGUAAUAGAUACCCCCCCCAGCUGCCUCAAAGAGGUCUUUUGAAGAAGUGGGAAUGUGAACAUUUUAAAGCCCAAUUUACUAUACUGUGGUUUAGCACUUUGGACAUCUAAAUCAAGGAAACAAGACUUAUCACAGGUUUGUGUGCCGAGAAAAGGAUAGUUUCAAUUUCUGAUGUUUUACAAAUCUACUGUGCAGAAGUUCUAGCAAAGCUUUGACAAUCUUCAAGGAGAAGUGACCUAUCUAUCACUCCUUCACUGCUUCUCGGGAAAUAGAGUUCAAUUCUGAAUUGCUCCUAUACCUGUUUUUGUUUCCCUGCUAAUAUUUGACAUUGGGAAUUUUCUAAUUUUUCUAGUGAGUAGCCCCACCUACCAACCCCUCCUCUUUGAGACUGUUGCCCAAACAAGUCUUGAAAAAGGCUCAAGGGAUCCUGCCCCCAACUCCCUGUAUGACUGGGACUACUGGCAUGUAUACCCUUGCCCAGUCCCUGUGUGUGACUUUCUGAAGUCAAUGACUUGGAGAAUAAAAUAACUAAAUAUAUCACUUUGUUUAACAAUUUUGUGUUUACUGUUAUGUAAGUAUUCGGUAUGUGAAUUACACAAUUCUAAUAAAACCUUAUGCCUCUUCUUUACAUCUGAGUUCUCAACUUCAUGUUAAUAGAAUGUUUCAAAGAUGCUUUAAUGGAAACUAUUAAGAAUAUAUAGAUUUGUAUGUCAAUUUAUACUUCAAAAAUCCAUAUAUUUGUCAUAUUUAUUUUUUUAUUUGCAUGAUCAAAUGAUAUUUAAAAUGAACCCUCAAAAUAUCUGGUAACUAUCAAAACUUGUCAUCCAUCCAUACUAAGGGUUCAUUUAAAAGUAGUUUAAAAUUGUGUGCAUUUUACAUUACAAUGCUGUUUGUGUGUAGCACGUUUCUAAAUAUUCAUUAUUAAAUUUUUAAUUUUUAAAACUUUCAACCUGAUUGCCUUUUGAUGUUAAAAUGAAAUCAAAAUUUUGUAUAAAACAGGUCUGCUUACAGAAGGAAAUGAAUGAGCUGACAUGUAAUUUGUUAGCAGUAACCUUUCAAAAUUAUACAUUAUAAAUUUCUGAUAAUGAUAAAUUUGAACCAUUGGUGACAGAAGCCAAAAUAAGAAAAUAAAAACACUAAACUCAGACUUGGAAUUUUAUAUAAAGUUUACUUCUGCAUCUAUCCAGGUUCAAAUCCAAGUUAUCACCCUUACAUAGGGUAAGUUGUUUACCUGUUUCCUCAGUCUCCUUGUAUGCAAAUUAUUUCUUCUUAAGGUUUUUUUUAAAGAGUUGAUAUGCUUAUAUUGCACAGUAAAGAUUUCAAGUUCUUAGUAGAUUUGUUAGAAUAAAUGCAAGACUUAAGCUCCAUUGGGUAAAUGCAACUUGUCAGCAUACAUAUCAAUGAUGCCCUAACAGUAAACUAAUAGAUUUAACACUAAUGCUUAUGCAGAGAUAACUUAAAGAAAAUGAUAUUCUGGGAUAAGUUAAAAUGAAAACUAAGCCUAAAAUUGCACUACUGUACUACAUUGCUCUUUUACUGCUAUAAGGGAUACAGCAAAAGAUAAUUCGAAAAAGUCUCAAGACUGUAUCUAGAACAAAUUCUUUAAAACACACUUCAGCAAAAACGUAUCUGUGUUUAUAACGAAGUAGGUAUUUCCCAUCAAACAGAAUUUAUGUUCUAUAAAAAUCUGGUGCCUUUCUAUUUCUGCUUUCAAUAAAGUAGAUCUCAAAAAUGA